UAUCGCUCCUAAUUACGUAAGUAUAAAUAAGAAUCGAAAUCGAAGCACUCAAAUUGUUGUCGCGAUAAAUAAUCGCUUUUAAAUGCGCUCGAUUGCCAGUCGUAUGACCGCGCCAGUACUCACACGCAUCACAAAUACAAUCGACGUGAGAAAUUUCGGCCGCGCCGUCGAAACCAACAUGAGAUUCGUGCAAUACAAACUGAAAUCGGGCGAGGGCCAACAACUAGGCGCCCAAAAGACGCAAUCGGGAGACAUUUUCCCCGUUAGCGAGUCGGACGGGUCCGUCCCGAACAGUCUCGUGCAAUUUCUGGAAGCCGGGUCCUCCGUUUACGACAAAGCGAUAAGGUUAAUCGAAGAAUGUAAAGGAGCGAUCCCGUUGUCCGAGGUUCACUUGCUAUCUCCUAUUACGAAAAAUGAUAAAGUGGCGUGCGUCGGGCUUAAUUACAGCGGUCACUGCGAAGAGCAAAACAUCCCCCAACCCAAAGAACCGAUGAUUUUUAGCAAAUUCUCAUCGGUUAUCGCGGGUCCCUACGACGACGUCGUCAUUCCGCCAAUCACAGACUCCGUCGAUUGGGAAGUCGAGUUGGCGGUGGUGAUCGGGAAAACCGCGAAAAACGUGGACGAGACUCGAGCGCAGGAUUACGUUUUCGGCUAUACCGUGGCGCAGGACAUCAGCGCUCGCGAUUGGCAAAAACGCAGAAACAACGGCCAGUUUUUGCUCGGCAAAUCGAUGGACACGUUUUGUCCGCUCGGGCCUGCCGUCGUGACGAAAUCGGAAGUCGAUCCGAACAAUUUGCCCAUCAAGUGUUGGGUCAACGGGGAACUUAAACAGGACGGCAACACUUCGGAGUUGAUUUUUAAAAUCGACUUUUUAAUCGCAUACCUAAGCCGGAUCGUCACCCUGUACCCCGGUGACGUCAUCCUGACGGGGACCCCCGCGGGGGUCGGCAUGCACAGGAAGCCGCCGCAGUUCCUCAAACCGGGCGACGUCCUCGAGAGUGAAAUCGAAGGCAUAGGAAGGCUCAAAAACAGGAUCGCGUAG